AAAAAUAAAACAGUUUCAGUGAAAAAAAAAAUAAAUCUUGUUCUUUUUUUGGUCGCAAAUGCGAAAUGUCAUCCCUUUCUUAUUCCUCUUUCUGGUAGGUUUUCGCUGCUCCGGCUCAGGUCCGCCUUCGGCUCCGUUUUCUCGGAAUGGAGAUUUUCACCACACCAAUACAUAUGCAAUCGACUUCGCGAUGAUUAUAAUUUCCAUACUAAUUUGAGCCGCCUUCGGACCAGUUUCUGAUCCGAAGUCGGACUCAGCUCCGCCUCAGGCGGAGCGGAUUCGGACCGAGGUCGGACCUGUUUGCUUGAAGGGGUUUGUCGUAUGUCCCAUAAGGAAAUACACAGACGAGUGUAAUUUCAGUCGCAUUCAAGAUGUCGAGCAGGGCUGACGAGUCACCUGCGCCAAGUUUAUCGGAGGUGCUUUAUGCCAUGAGCAACGAAAUAUUGGAUGAUGAAUUCCUCGAUGUCGAUCCAUUAGGUUCGCCCAAUGAGUGCUCUGAAUCCAGUGACAAGGACUUUUCAGCAGACGAUGAAGAUAACGGCGAUCCCACGUACCAGUUAGAAAAUCAAAAUGAAAACUCGGCCCUCCGAAAUUUUUAUGAAGCUGCACAUGAUAUUCUUAUGUCUAUACUCCAUCCACAUCUAAAAAUAAUCAACCCAACGAUCGGAAUCUACCAUUCUAAUUCUAAAAAUUGUUCAAAAAUAACAUAAAAAUGUUUUAUUUUUUCUAUGAAUUAAAUGUGAUUUAAGUUUUUUUCUGUUUGGACAAAAAAAAGUAUAGGUAUUUUAAGAACGGCCAUUCCACACGGAGAAGAUACAAACAUUGACUUUGUUUUCAGUCUAUCUCGUUGAAGAAGCAACCUUUUUUCUUGAAACUUGGUAGGUGUUAAAGGCUCAUGAUAAAGUUGAUGUUCUAGAAGUUUCACGAAAAACUAAUUUAACGUAGCCAAAUUAUUCGCAGAUAAAGCGGUAACGGAGAAGACGCGUACAAAUCUUCUCCGUUACCGUCUUUGUCUGUUAAUAAUUUAGCUAUUUUGAAUUCGUUUUUCUUGAAACUUCUAGAACUUCAACUUUAUAAUGUGCCCUUAAGACCUACCAAG